AUGAGACUUGGUAAAAAGAGCAGUGAAAUUGAAGGUGAGGUGGUUCUUGCUGAACAAGUGAAUGGAGGCAGUACAGAUGUGCCUGAGACAGUUGUGAAGGAUGAAAUCACACAGAGAGAAGGGGAACUGGUGAGGAACUUUCUAAAGAACAGUGCAAGCCAGUUAACAAUCUUUGGAUUAUUUUCCUUGCAAGAGGGUUUGAAGGAGCGGGAACUUUGUGUUUUCUUCAGGAAUAAUCAUUUCAAUACCAUGUUUAAGUUUGAAGGCGAAUUAUAUAUUUUGGCCACUGACCAAGGAUAUAUAAAUCAAUCUGAUUUGGUAUGGGAGAAACUCAAUGAGGUAAGAAGUGUGUCUUUUCAUAUAUUUACCUUAUAUUUGACGAAUGGGUAAAACUGAGUUUAAGUUUUCAACCUGGGAAUUUCAUGCUAGAAAGGUAAGUUGAAUCUCUGUUUCGCUUACAUUUGCAACAGGUAGUUUCCACCCCAUUCUGUUUGUGGUUAACUAAUUUUUAGAGUAGAAAGUAUUGUGUUUCAUAUGCUUAAACCAACC